AUUUGUUUUUAAAAAUAAAUAAAUAAAUAUUCGUUAAAACAAUAAUUAUAUAAAAAAUUAUUGCAAUUAAAAUUAAUGUUACAAUGUCUGCAUCAUUAUUAUUAUACGCUAUAUUAGCAAUAACUUGCACUGUUGUUGAUCGGGCACUGGGAGGUAGUUGUCCUGAUAAUCCCAUAGAUAUCUACCCGUGCACAUGCGAUAAUACUACCGUACGGUGUGUGGCCAUCAAAAAAUUUGAUCUGCAAUUAGUUAUGGAAACGUUAGCCCGUUUGACAUCACCCGAUGUCAACUCAUUUGACAACUUUGAACUCGAGGCCAAUGCCGUGGAAAUGUUAGACGACAGUACAUUUCAAGGGGUGACCUUUGAAUACCUUAAAUUCAAUGGCAAUACUGCACUAACAUGUGUUCAUCCAAAAGCUUUUGAGGGUUUGUCCGAAACAGUAGUUUCAUUUGAGUCAACACUAACCAGUUUCAGUGAUUAUACUCCACGUGUUUGUGAUAUAUUUGGUGCAUUGAGUUCAUUGCAUUUAAUUAAUAAAAUACAAAUUAUCGGUUCCGGUAUUCAACAGAUACCCGACAAUGCAUUCAAUGGUAUUUUAAAACAAAUAAAUCUGAAUUCAAUAGAUUUGAGUGGUAAUGACCAGGGUGGAAAUAUUAAAUCAAUUGGCAAACAUGCUUUUUCUAAAUUACCAAAUUUACGAAACAUAAAUUUGUCGUCACAUAAGAUCAAUACAAUUUGGAGCAAUGCUUUCCAGUUUGAGGACUGGUCUGUAAACACAUUGACUAUAAAUUUAAAUCAAAAUCCAUUGACAAAUAUAACAUUUAUGGGUCCAUUGAAUACUAAUGGACGCAUAACUACCAUGUAUUUGGAAGAUAUGUCAACAUUGAGACAACUGUCCGAAAGUGUUUUCGAUGGCUUCCUAGAGGACAGAGCCUGGACUUCAAACAAAAUUAACUUAACCGGCACUCCGUGUACAGUAACUGAGGGAAACAAAUGGAUAAUAGUAAAUAAGGAAAGGGAGCACUUGGAGGACAAACUUAUUAAUUUUAAUUGCACUGAUGGCGGACCUAUAUUCAAGCAUAAACUCCAUGAUUUUGAUAAUCCGGAUACUUUUUAUUAA